AUGUAUGGAAUCGUAUCGACAGAUAAUCAAGCUGUCUCCGACAAUAACAGUGAAGGGAAAAUGGAUGUACUAAAUUCGUUGUCGCCCUCUCCACUACCAAUGAACAAGGCCAUAUUAUCCCGUGACGACUAUCAAGGACAAAUCAAGUGGAUGUUUAGUCGCCAGAUCGAUAAACGAAGGAUAGAAAUUUCAUCUCUGCAUGAAGGAAUUAGCAUCUAUGGAUGUGUUGGUAUUGCAUCUCCAAAACAUGCUCAUACUGCUCAGUCAGAUCCGUCAUGGAAGGAAACAACCUAUUGCUUAAAUGAUACGAUCGAAUGCGUCCAUCCCCGGUGCCCGGUGAUUACAACACGGGGGAGAGACGCAAAUGCAGCUGCAAACAUUGCUUUAUCUGAGCAUUUGUUAUUCUAG